GCGCCGGCGCUUCCUCCUUCUCCGUCAAGAUAUUCGGCACUAUUCUAAUUCAUCCUCCGGCGAUCUCCUGAUCCGAUCCGGGCUCCGUUGCUGCCGCCAAAUGCGUUCGCGGGGCAUUUAAAUCUGGCCAAAUAGCACCCAAUGGGCUGCAAUCCGAAGCCCACUUCUCGAUUUUCUAUUUCCUACUUAGUUGUGUGAUCAUUUUGGUAUAACUCCAUAGUUGCGUGACCGUAUUGGCAUUUUUCAAAAUAAAUUAUUCUCCAGAAGUCGGAGGAGUAAACAAGAUAAAAUCCUAGACUUCGUUUUGUGAGAGUAGAGAGAGAGAGAGACAAGGCAUUGUUCUUUUGAAACCCCUCUUCCCCCUUUCAAUCUCUCUCUUCUUCCCCCUCUUUCUCUCUCAGCUCUCUCCGAAUUUAACGAGCUAAGCUUAUCACGGUAAUGCUUUUCGCUCUCUGUUUUUUCAGAUUCGAGUCCUUGUUCUUCGUAAUGCUCGGCUUUUCAUUUCUCUUUCCCCUUCCCUGUCGAAGAUAACUUCUUUGCAGCAUGCAUUCAUUCCAGGGUAUGCUUGAUUUCCUUCGACAAUCCUGCUUCUCAAUUUGAUGGGUGUUGUUUAUUUCAGGUGAUUACUACAACCCAUCUCUUGAAAUGUUGUUGGUCUUUCCUCUUUGUCAAUUCCGUGUUUUUUUUGGUUGCAGAACUUGCUCUAGAUGUUCAAUUGCAUUUGGUUAACUGAUGACAAACCUUGCCUUAGCUCUAGGGUGAUGUGAACUAAUGCUAGGAUUGUGAACGAUUGCGCUAAGUAUGGCUUCGAUUUAUGCUUUUGUAUCAGUUGAUUUCCAUGGAUUAUGAUGUUUUGCCACUUGUAGUGCCAAGAAUGGUAUAGCUUAGUUGCUUAACAUCAUGCAUUUUCCAUGCUAUAUAUGUGUUCCAUGGAUCGAUUACAAUCUGAAAUGGUGGUUGCAUCUGACCUAAUCAGCUGAAAACUACUGUGCUUGGGUUUAGAUUUCUGGUUUUGGAUUGUCGAUCUUUUCAUUCUGCAAGCAAUGAUAUUAAACCUAGUUUUGGUUCCUGAUAUAUCUGUACUGCAAAAAUAGGCUAGUAGUUGAUCUGAGAUAGUUUGAAGUUCUGUAGAUCGAUUACAAUCACAAUGGUGGUUUUAUCUGAUCUAAUUACCUGAAAACUACAGUGCUUGGCUUUAGUUUUCUGCUUUUAAAUUUCCAAUCUUUCUUACUUCUGCAAGCAAUGAUAACAUACCUAGUUUGGUUCCUGAUGUAUAUAUAUUACAAAAGUGGGCUAGUAGUUGAUCUGCGAGAGCUUGAAGUCUCUGACUUGCUGAUUAACCUAUUGGGAACUUUCAUAUCUUACAGCUUUACCCUUUUCCUUGUUAAAUUUGAAUGAGUCGUAAGUUUUAAAAUCGUUUGGAGUGUCUAGCUGUUGAUUCAGAACAACCUGAUCUGUCUUUCAGAUGGUUCAGCAAAUGAUAGACUCCAAAUUCGUUGAGUAUGGGUUGGCCACAACCGAGCCAAACUUGACGACUGCUGGUGAUAAACAGUUUCCAGUUGCUGUAAAGAAAGCAGCUUUGCGAGAUGUUCAGAAUCAAAAUAGGGCUCACAACUUCAUCAGCAACUCUCCAUUGACUAAGAACAGUGGACAAAGUAUGGAUACCAUUAAUAAGGUUUCUGGUACCAAGAGGCCCUCUCCCGAGAGUCCAAUAGCACAUAACCAGUCCCCAAAUGGUAAUGCUGCAAAUGCUCAACUAGUUUAUGUGCGCCGGAAAGCCGAAGCUGAAAUUGCCAAGAUUAAUGCUAACUCCCCCAAUCAACAAGUUGGGCACUCUGGGGAGACCAACCAGCCAAAAUCAAUGACUAAGGAACAACCAAAGGUUUCUCAAUUUUCAGCAUUCAUGGCACCUAUGCCCGUCGGCACCACAAUAAGUACAUCGAAGCCUUCAGUUUCCCUUCCUAUAACACAGUCUAGUACUCCGAGAUUUGCAUCGGUGCAGCCCACUUAUCAUCCCUUUUCUGCUUCUGCUGUACCUGUGUCUGAUAAAGGGAAGGGGAUGAGAGUUAUGCACUGGGAGGAACGAUAUUGCCAGUUACAAGUUCUGUUAAAGAAAAUAGAUCAAGCAGACGAAGAGGACUACAUACAGAUGCUCCGAUCUCUUUCUUCAGUUGAGCUUAGCAGACAUGCAGUUGAGUUAGAGAAGCGAUCCAUUCAGCUUUCUCUGGAAGAAGCGAAGGAAAUACAGCGAGUGGCAUUCCUGAACGUACUGGGGAGGAAUCUCAAAGCACCACCCACAAUUCAGCAGAGGAAAUGACACCCUGUGUUCAAACGGAUCUCUUUCGGGUUAUAUCUACUACUACUACUACUCUUACCACUGUGGUCAUCAUCGUCAUCCCUUUGUUCAAUCGCAAUUUUGCAAGCUGUUGUAUGCUAGUUCGCUCUGUUUGUCUCUCAUAAUUUUUAACUGUUAGUGUUGUAUAUUUGAAGUGAGUGCUAAACUAAUUCAAGGAGGGGGCCAUGGGAGGAAGGUAAAUUAGGCAGUUCCCUAACUUGAAUGUUAUUGAGACAGAAGUUCACGACUAGCUGAAAGCAUUUGUAUCAGAAAGAAGUGUGUUGUUAUCGAUUUGGUGUAGAUGAUUGGAUUAAAUCCUUAUCUUAUGGGCAGUUUUUUCUGUCCAAGAUUCAGACAUGAUAUCAUUGUUCUGUAAUGAACAUGGCAGUUACCCUUUUUCUCGUUUAUCUGAUAAAACAGUUACAAAACCCAAAUAACAGGAACUUAAAAUGAGGAAAACGUGCUGAUUUUCUCCAUAAUGAAUGUUCUUGCUCCGCUCUAGACUUGUGUAUCAAGCUGGUGAUGAUUUUCCCCUUAUUUGAGUCGGAACAUACUGAUUAUCAUUUGGCUCGAUUUCCACAUUCGACAACUUAAUAUAAAAUUUCGUUAUGUGUUGAUUUCGUGGAUAUGUUUAAAAACGGGGAUAUAUGCAUACUAAAUAGAACAAAACUAUAUUGAUUUUUGUCACUCCGUUGUUUACAUCUUUCUGAUAACGAUCUAGACAUUACUAUACGCAGAAGUGAUCGCGGAUUAUUAUAUUGGAGUGUUACCUUUAUGAAUUCCAAGCAAGGUUGUCAAACCGGUUUAUACUGUUGUGCCGGUUUGGCAAGUGGAAUGGUAUGACUGGUGGUAUAACCAAUUUGUGCCGAUUCAUGCUGGUUUAAAAAAAUGUGAAAACAAUU